AUGGUUUAUUUGACAUAUUAUGAUGCGGAUAUUGAUGAAGAGGCAGUUGCAUUUUAUGAUGAUGGUCGAUGGCUUAACGACAAGUAUAAAUCAAACAUACCGAUUUUUUCACCUCCAGAAUUAAAAACAGCAUCAAUUAUAUUUUUGGUGGUAAAUAAUAAUUCGGAUGUGAGUCUAGUGGGAGGAGGAACUCACUGGUCAUUAUUAGUUUAUGUGAGAGAAAUGAAUGUAUUCUUUCAGUACGAUUCAUAUAAGAGUAUGAAUAAAUCGAAAGCGAAAUAUGUUGCAAAGACUAUAUUUGGAUUGGAUAAAAUUGAUAUAAUCGAAACAAAUGCUCCACAACAAAUGAAUGAAUGUGGAGUAUUCGUAUUAUCAUUUGUUGAAUAUCUUUAUCGAAAAUUAAUCAAAUAUCAAGAAAAACAAGUAAAAGAACAAGCAGAAAAGCAAGUAGAAGAGAAAGCACGAAGACGAACAUAUCCCAAAGAAUUAUUUGAAAUAGACUCUGGUGAAAUUCCAAAGGGAUUUGUGAUGAGGAAAAAAUGUAAAGAUAUAAUUUCUGGUUUAAAGAAAAAUUAUGAUGCAAGUAAAGCUAAAAAAUAG